UUCCGUAUAGACGUAUUUACGCCAAAUUCUCCGGAACCGUGGUUCCACUAUCACUUUUUUCACGUGGCCGACAUAGAACGUUUUUGAUAGCGUUUAUCCAAUGCCUGUGGUUGUGUUUCUGUUUUCCUGGGCAUUUGCGUAAUUCACUAGUUUAAGUAGAACAAAUCGAUGUAAUUCAGGUCGUAACGUUUAAUUGUAGAGUCUAGAUUUUUCUCCCACAUAAUCCUUCAAGCGGCACGAACCAAUAGAGCUUACCGAGGAUGGUAAUGGUUGGAAUUUUAUAGCUUACUCCGAUAAAUCUGAAAGUUUAAACUUCACGUUUUUUGUUGAUUCCAAGGUGUUCAAUGAAUGUGUGCGCUGCGGAAAUAGGAGACGUCGCACAUUGAACACAUGCAUACAGUUAGCUGGAAGAGUAAAAUGGGUGAGAAUGCUUGAUAAAUCUAGGCGUAGAUAGGUUUAUAUUAUUAAAAUGGGACUGAAAUAUGGUGUGAGGCUUUGGACUGGAUUUAUCUAGCUGAAAGUGGGUUACGGUGGCUGGCUGCCGGGAGCACGCUAAUCUUCAGAUUUAAUUAAUUUUUCUCGGGCCGUGAAAGCUUCAGAUCAUAAACAUUUAGGUUCCAUAAAUGUUGAUCAAGUGAGUGAACAUGGUCGAAGAAGUAUUUUCGUUAGGAUUUAGGUUUUCAUGGCGGCGCGUAUGGCGAUGACUGUUUUGGGAUUUUGCGUCAUGUACUCUUUUAAUGUUCACCAACGUUUCAAAGGUGCUUACUGUCUUCAUCAUCAGUGUUUUGUAUGUACGACCAAAUUAUUGUCAUUUCAUAGGUAUCCACCUUUUUAAAGCUGAAGUUGUGAAUGUUGAGCCACUAGAGCUUUGUUACAGUUAAGUUGCAAAAUGCAAUUGCCAUAUGUCUGCACAUCGGGCGUGAUGAUUUCGGAUGUAUUUUGGUAAGUAUGUGAGAUGUUACGUUUUAUAACUGGCAUGUUACUUUUUGUGUGUUCUUUCUUGUUAUGGUCACGGCUUCGUAUGAUUGCCUUUUGUUUGUGUGUCUUUAUACUUAUCUGUUAGAUCGACGUAUCUUAUUUUAUUAUGUUACAUGUUUACUAUUUGUGACCUAAAUAAUUAGAAUGAACGAGAAGAAGGCGACAACUGGUGGGUAACAGAUUAGCUACUGAUGCUCACAUUACUUUUUAAAAUGCGUUUUUUGCCUGUGGUUUAUGAUGUGGUCAAUGCGCCCCCCCCCCAAACGUUGAUGGCAAACAUUCACGAUAACAAAAUAUUUAUUGCUAAAAUCGUACCUUUUCUGUAUUAAUUCGUUGUAUUAAAUUUGCUUUGUUUAUUGGCAGGGUUUUAUUGAAGCGGAUAGAAUUUCCAGUGAGGUAGAAGUUUACAGAAACGAUCCGUUACUUGGAUACCGGUCCCAAUUAAGUAACGGAAGUAACGAAGAUACCUGUGUUCCUCACUCCUGACAGACAUCGCUUUUCAUUUACUUGAUUGAGUUGGCAUCAAGAUAAUGGCGGUAGUUAACAUGACUUCCGCGUAGCAAGAUUCUGCAGGUAACUUGAAGCUAUUGCGAUGGGUUGCUUCGGAAGCAAAGACAAACUUUCGAGAGAGGAUAUGGAGUUCCUCAAAUCCCAUACCAGAUACGAUGAAGCAACAAUCAAAGAAUGGUACAAGGGAUUUAAGCAAGAUUGCCCUAAUGGAAAGUUAACACCGACCAAGUUUGUCGACAUGUAUAAGAUGUUCUUCCCCAACGGAAAUGCUGAGGAAUUCUGCGACCAUGUCUUCCGGACAUUCGACAUGGAUAAGAAUGGCUACAUAGAUUUCAAGGAGUUUUUGUUGGCCAUAGAUGUGACAUCCUCGGGUUCACCAGAAGAGAAACUGAAAUGGGCAUUUCGCAUGUAUGACGUGGAUGGUAAUGGGGUAAUAGACAUUGAAGAAAUGACGAAAAUAGUUCAGGCAAUCUAUGAUAUGCUGGGUGCCUGCUCAGCAAACCGGCCGGCAGACUCGGCUGAAGAGCGAGCCAAAAACAUUUUUGCCAAAAUGGACGAGAACAACGAUGGUCAGUUGACUCAGGAAGAGUUCCUCAAGGGUUGCCUGCAAGAUGAUGAACUCUCCAGAAUGCUUGCACCAUAAUAAGUGAAAAUCAAAACUCCAAAAUACUACAAGACAUUCUCAUCAUAUAAAUGUCUUCUCGUUUUAUGAUCUUAAGUAUUAAAAUUAUGAAAUUCCGUUGUUGAUAGAGCAUUCCAGAUGCUGCAUCCGGUGGGCAGUGACCAGAACAUUGCGUUCUGACAGAAAAGAGAAACGGGUGGCACAUUGAAACAUCGUGAUGAAGGCUUCAUAACCCACAUUCCAUAAUGUAAUCAAAUCAUCAAUACAACAGAAUGUUUUAUCUCGUUUCAAGAACAAUGCUGAAGUAAACAUUCCAGUUUGUGAUAUUUAGUUUUGACUAUAUGCAUGUUUAAAAUGGUCAAUUUACAGGCGUAACUGCUGCAUUAAUCAGUUGGCUUAUGGAUGUGAUUUGUCGAUAUCUGGAUUAUUUUAUGUUGAUAAUAUUACACGUUAGGCUUGUUUAAAAUAUGUAUGGAAUCCAUGCACACAACUUUUAAACAGUUUUCUUAUGCUAUUUAGACAGUUUUCCUUUAAUUUCAUCUCGCAGCAAACAGAAACAGGAUUGAUUGAGGAAAUAAGGUUCCUAAUGUAGUACUGAAUACGUAUUAACUAAUUUCGUACCAUCUUGAGUAUCUCAUUUACUUAAAUGAUAAUUCUGCCAUAAAACGAAACUUCACAUGCAGAUAAUAUCCUUCACCUUUUGCACGCCAUCAAUUACAGAAUAGUUUGCUCAUAAGAAAAUAGCUUCCAUGUGUUUUUAGGGUAAUAGAUUGGAGGAAGACUGAAAAAAGGUGUUAAGUGAACCUGUAACACCAGCUUGGAUAUUUCAGGAUAAAUUGGUGGACGUAUUGAUGUGCAUCAUACCUAAUAGUUCGCAAUACCUCAGAGCAGUGGUCCCCAACCUUUUUGUGCCUAUGGGCACAUUUGAGAGUUUAUGAGAUCGUGGCGGGCACCAACCAAUUAACAAAGCCAAAUUUUCUUUUCUCUGGACAAAUAAGAUAUGGACA